GAGUUAUUUCCCUGCUAUUUCCCGGCCGGGAGCUCCUGGCCCCUGAACAACUGGUUUCCUCUUGGAGUCUGGGAGGAGCGGAGCGGAGCCGGCAGGGAGCGAACCGGGACCGGGGGACGCCGAGGGCAGGGGACGAGCGCAGGGGCGGGGCAGGGUCAGCCGGAGGGUCCGGAGCCGCGAGCGCCCGAAGGAGGCCGGGGAGCCGGGAGGGACCGCGAGACCCGGCGGCCGGAGCGCCCGUGCCGCGCCAUGAGGCCGCUCGUCGCCCUGCUGCUCCUGGGCCUGGCGGCCGGCUCGCCCCCGCUGGACGACAACAAGAUCCCCAGCCUGUGCCCGGGCCACCCCGGGCUUCCCGGCACGCCGGGCCACCACGGCAGCCAGGGCCUGCCCGGCAGGGACGGCCGCGACGGCCGCGACGGCGCGCCCGGGGCUCCGGGAGAGAAAGGCGAGGGCGGGAGGCCGGGACUGCCGGGGCCGCGGGGGGAGCCCGGGCCGAGAGGAGAGGCGGGGCCCGCGGGGGCCACCGGGCCGGCCGGCGAGUGCUCCGUGCCCCCGCGCUCCGCCUUCAGCGCCAAGCGCUCCGAGAGCCGGGUGCCUCCGCCGGCCGACGCGCCCCUACCCUUCGACCGCGUGCUGGUGAACGAGCAGGGACACUACGACGCCGCCACCGGCAAGUUCACCUGCCAGGUGCCCGGGGUCUACUACUUCGCGGUCCACGCCACCGUCUACCGGGCUAGCCUGCAGUUCGAUCUGGUCAAGAAUGGCGAGUCCAUCGCCUCUUUCUUCCAGUUUUUUGGGGGGUGGCCCAAACCAGCCUCGCUGUCAGGGGGCGCCAUGGUGAGGCUGGAGCCAGAGGACCAGGUGUGGGUGCAGGUGGGCGUGGGCGAUUACAUUGGCAUCUAUGCCAGCAUCAAGACAGACAGCACCUUCUCGGGAUUUCUGGUGUAUUCUGACUGGCACAACUCCCCCGUCUUUGCUUGAUGCCCGCUGCAAAGUGAGCUCAACCUCUCUCACUCCUAGGGGGGGGGGGUGUGUGUGACAGUGACAGCCACACCAUCCAGGAGGGCUGGCCCCCCUGGGGAUGUUGUGAAUGACUCCGUCCUGCUGCUGUCAGAGAACCGGGACAGAGGCUGUCUGAGAUCGGGGCUGGCAGUCUGGGGCAGCGGCUGGAUUUCUGCCCAAAACCAAAGGAGCACUCUGUGCUGGCAGGUGUAGGUCCCCAUUUGCUCUGGCCCGGGGACCCUAGAGGCGGGGUGCCCUCUUCCUGGUGCUCUGCUUCUCUGGGUCCUCCUUGUCCCUCCUAUUCCUGGGCCCUUUUCUCAGAGAUUAUUCAAUAAAUCAACAACAAAAAAAUC